GUGGAGUGAUAACAAGUUGCAGGUCAUAGUGUGUACGGUGGCAUUUGGUAUGGGAAUAAACAAGCCUGAUGUCAGGUUUGUCAUCCAUCACAGCCUAAGUAAAUCUAUGGAGGCAUACUAUCAGGAAAGUGGUCGGGCUGGACGAGAUGGACUUCCUUCUGAUUGCCUACUCUAUUUUAGGCCUGGUGACGUUCCUCGGCAGAGUUCGAUGGUCUUCUAUGAGAAAUCUGGAUUGCAAAACCUAUAUGACAUGGUGCGGUAUUGUCAGUCUAAACGAGAAUGCCGUCGAAGUUCUUUUUUUCGUCAUUUUGCUGAGCCUUUACAGGACUGCAAUGGGAUGUGCGACAAUUGUGCGUACGAACGUGAACUCAAGGAAGUGGAUGUCACUAGUUAUGCAAAAUUUCUAGUAUCUCUAUUGUGUGAUAUAAAGAACAAUGAGCAAAGGGUGACAAUGUUGCAGUUGGUGGACAAAGUCAAGGUCAAGGUCAAGCAAAAGGAAUUAGGUUAUGAUUUAAAGAGAGAGGAAGUAGAGCAGCUCAUUGUCCAACUUGUAUUAGAUCGUGUUUUGGAAGAAGAAUAUCAGCACACAGCUUAUGCUACAAAUGCUUAUGUAACACCUGGACCACUUUGUAAGCAAAUAUUGCAAGGAAAGAAAAAAAUUAUGCUUGAUAUUUCUGGCGCACAGAGAAGUAAAACUAGCACCACUAAAUCAGCGAAAUGCAGUUUAUCAUCAUCAGGUUUAGAGGUAAAGCUUGAUGACCUUCGGAAGGAACUCUCUUCUGUCCAUGGGGGAAUAUUCCCUCAUGCAGUCUUGUCCACUCAACAGAUCAGUAUGUUGAGCGCCCAAAGACCAACUGCGAUUGAACAGUUGAAGAAGAUAAUUGGGAAGCUGAAAACAGAGAAGUACGGGAGUAGAAUUCUUGAACUAAUUAAGGAAUAUAUUGAGUCAGAGCAGCCCAUCUCUUAUUCACCAUGUGAAGAAGCUAGUAGAAAUGGAGCUCAGCAGUUGAAGACCAAAAUGUCUAAGCAGCUUGAUGGUGAUUCACUGUAUGAAGAAGACAGUAAAAAGAGGGUUAUGCAGGUGAAGACCAAAAGGUCUGAUGAACCUAAUAGUGAUCCACUGAAUGAAAAUGAAGAGGGCAGUGGAAACAGAUCAGCUAAGAAGUUGAAGAGCAAAAGGAGCAUAGUUAUUGUUGAGAGCACUGAUGAUGAAGGAUAAUUAAAUUUGUUGAAUUUAAUUAAAUUAAAGGGUCGUUCUAAUUGACAACUAAAUAGGUAUGAGCUGAUUUUGAAGCCAGACUUUAUUUCCCCUUCUGGUGUUAAUACAACAAAUCAGACUAAGGGUGAAAUCAGUCAUAUUUUAACAAGAAGAUUCAAUUCAUGAAACUCAAAUACUCUCCAUCAUGUCAAAACUCUGAAUCCAAGCUUAAAUUGGGACACCAAAAAAGAAGUUUUUUUUCAUGGAAGAGCAUGAAGAAGAUUUCGGAUGGGUGGUUUUGUUGAAUCAAUAGUGGAAACCAUUCCAAAACUUAUGGCCAA